GACUUGUGUACGGGUCAUUAUGGGCAACUCUCUUGGUUCUUCCAACUCCAGUGACCUAUUGAACCUUAGAAACUCAAGGACAAGUCUAGCUACCUCUAGAGAGUCGGUAUCCCGUAAUAGCUUUGUCACAAGAGAUAGAGCUUUGGCUGAAACAGCAGUGGUGGUUCCUAGAAGGCAAAGAAGAAGACAGUCUACACGUAGAAAUGACGCUGUACUCUUGUCUUUAAGUCGACUCAUUGUAGAGACUGGGAGACAUGCAGACUGGGUACAAGUCAAUGACUCCUGGGAUGAGCAAAAAGUAGAAACUUUAGUGGAAGCAAAGCUGUUGGCCCCAAGGCAGCAGGGACUGGACGAACCAUUUGCCGAAUACCAAGAAGAAUGUCCCAUAUGCUUUUAUUUCUAUUCACAAGUAAACAGAAGUUCGUGUUGUAACAAGGUGAGUUUAUACUUGGCGCAAUUGCUUUCCACUUACCGCAAUUGCUUGCAGCCAAUUUGUACCAAUUGCUUUGUUUACAUACAAAGAAAGAUUCGAAAAAAAUGUCCUUAUUGUAACAAAUGGGGUUUGGAGGUUUAUCUACCGAAACAUAGUUGCAGUAACGACACUAAAAUCCAUGAAACACAAAAGUGGUCUUCUAAAGACAAAGAGAGCUUGAACGUAGAUUGGAGCAGUUUAUCUAAUUGUACGAGUUUCUGUGAAAAAGAUCAUUGUAUUCACUCUUCGAGUGAUGUAGAGAAGCUUGAAGAAAUUGCAAUCCUUCUCUUGUUGAGGAAGGCAUAUCUUCUUUGGGAUUGGGUUGCUUGUGGGGAAUUGGAUAGUCAGAAGAAGAGUUGUCAUAAAGUUCUUUGUGGAGAACAAGUCUUAAAUGAAUAUAGUUUGAUAGAUACUUCAGAGUCUAUAGAAAGUAGUUGUGAUAUUUCAUUAGAUGAACAGCUUUAUAAUAUCAAUGACAUGAAAGAGGACCUUUUUGAAGACGAAACGCAACAACAAUCAUCAGAAACUUCAAUACUUGAGCGUUCUAGAUAUAAGUCAUCUAUUCGAAGCAUGGAUGAGAAUCUUUUAGAUUCUUUAGCACUUGCUACCAGCAGUAGUGCAGUUUCUUCUGAAGUUUCGUCCAUGGAAUGUUUUGAAAGAAGGGAAGAUUCAAAUAUUUGUCCUCGGAGUAUUGAUGAGUUGAAUGACAAGUCACUCUUCCAUAUUGAAGAGAAUGAAGAAGAAGAUAUGUUUCUACAGCUUUUCAAGGUUGAACGAUCUUAUGAUAGCAGUGUAAGGUUAGAUAGUUUGAUCCAUUUACCUAGUGAUGAGGAAAAAGAAACAUAGUCACACAUUGUUUUACUAUUAUGUACUAUAAAAUAUUUUUUCAGAAA